AUGAUUAACAAAGACUUGGCUAGCGACAGUCUAACUGAACAUUCACUGGGUUAUGCAGGGCUGAGCAUAUUUUCCAACUGUGCGAGUUCAGAAUUAUCAGAUAACUAUCAAAAUAGCUAUUCUCAGUUGCCACUCGAUCACGAAGACACUACCCCUGCCGAGACAUCUUAUGGCAAUGAUGAUAAAAGGGAUUCUAAAGUAGUAACUCCUAGAAAUAUAAAUAACUAUCAAAAUGUAUACUCGGGCGACUAUUUAAAUGGAAUAAAAGCUCCAAUUAAUGGAUCAAACACGACACAACUUGUUGAUGAUCAAACUAAUAAUCACAAGCAUUGUUCCAGUGAAUGUAGUGAUUUUUCCAUUGAUAUUAAUAAAUUCAGGUCAUUAGUAAGUGGAAAAUUGUUUUGGCUAGAGACGCAUGAAAUUUGUGGAUUGAUACCUGUACCUCAAAUGUCGAAUUCAGCCACUCAGCUUCCCAUAAAAUCCUACAUCGUAUUCACGCCAUAUUCUAUAGAUAUACUCCAAGAUUUGACAGCUAUUUUUGGACAAUUACCCAAUGGUCAGCGCCCCUUUUCCAUAAUCCAUUCCUAUGCAUUCGAUUCCAUGUAUUUUCAGGUCAAACUCUGCAACAAGAAGCUUGAUGAUAAAACAAUCUCCAAUUGUUAUAUCAAAAAUAAUAUCAAUGCCUAUGUAUUUUAUCGCAGUCAUCUUGGUAUUAUGGAUAAUUCGACAAAAGCUGAAAAAAUACGUGUCACUUAUAGUGUAAUAAAGGAUGUAAAAUAUAAUAACAAAUCUCUAAAGGCACAGACCAAACAAAGUAGAACCAAAAAUGUAUUGGUUCCAGAUAGGCAAUCGGAUAGUGCUGGUCAGCAACCUAUUAGCCGGUGGGUGUAUGAGGAGGCAAACUUGGACCAUGAAGAUGAUCCCUUAUGGAAUGUUCCAAAGGCGCUAGUAAGGGAGGCUAAGUUGAUUACAGGAAUUAUGGAAAAGGCCAAUAUUCUGAGAGCAGACGUAUCUACUGCAAAUCACAGGUACAAUGCUAUGCUAAAUCGCACUUACAUAAUCGAAAAGGUAGAAUCUUCAGGAUUUGUAGAUGAUGAAGAUCAUCGCUCAAGUAACUCAGACAAGGAUUUAAACGUCACUGAUUCAAAUGAAUUAGAUAAUGGGAGUCUUGUCAAAGUGAAAUUUGAGUCUGAUUACUUUGGUUAUGAUGAUGAGGAUUUAAUAAGGGUAUUCGAUGAUAACCAGCUAUCCAAUGCACUGGAACUGAUGAUCUCCAUAUCUAUAAAUCAAGCUCCAAACAUAUCCGUAAUAAAUCUGGCUCAGUAUUGCCCGAACAUCUUUUGGAAUCUUGCCUUCAAAGGGAAUGUCGAGGAUCGACUAGCAGUGUUAUCCCCCAGCAUUUAUAACCAGUGCUCCAAGCGUAGAAGAAGGGGAGUGACCAAUCUAAUUGAACAAGAAAAGGAAAGUAAGACUUCCCCUUCAAACAUCAAAUCAAUUAACAGGUUAAAGUGUUUGCACUACGACAUCGCUAUUGAGAACAACUUCGCAAUAAUGCAAAAUAUCUACAAGUUAGACGCUGAAGCCAAGAUAUCGAAUCUCGAAAAGUUAGAAACCACGGCAAAUGCUAUGAGACACAGACCAUUGUUGACGCUGGAUGAUCAAGAGAUUGUGGAGGCUGUUGUUGAUAAAUCAGGAGCCAUGAAAUGGAGUAUGUCCUCCCUAACUGAACACCAACGUCGCGUAGUGUAUGCUGAAUGCCUUGCCCGUAACUACUUUCCGCCUGUAUACUUAAUACAAUCAUUUGGUAAAGGUCGAGGUGUUGAGGCGGCCUAUGAUAUUCAAAAGGAAGAUUUUGUCAUGGAGUACAAGGGGGAACUUGUAAGUGAAAAGGAGGCUAAAGAGAGGGAUAAGAAGUAUAACCAAAAAUCCUGCUUUGGGUCCUUUAUAUUCUAUUUCAAACAUGACGGGAAGCAUUAUUCCAUCGAUGCGACCAAAGAGUAUAUCCAAUAUGGCGCUGCUAGACUUAUUAAUCACUCUAGGAAGAAUCCAAAUUUGUCCCCUAAAACACUGUACGUUAGCAACGUGCCGAGGUUGUUCUUUAUCGCCAAGAGGAGAAUCAGGAAGGGUGAAGAGUUGCUGGUGGAUUAUGGUGAGAGAGACCCAGAUGUCAUCAAGGAUAAUCCGUGGUUAAACAACACGUGA